AUGGUUGUGUUAGUUUUGUAUAGUUUGCAAGUGAUCAACGUAGUAUAUUUUGAUUCGAGUACAAAAAAAAAAACAAAAAAAAAAACAUGUCUUACCACUGUAAACUGUUAUUUUCUUAUUCACAUUUCAUUUGAUAGAAAUGGGGCUCCUUUUAAGAAAAACCAUUUCGGAACAGGAACAGAACCAAUCUUCGUCGACGAUCUAAACUGUUCUCAAUCAGAUUUUGGCAUCCACUCAUUGCAACUAGGGCACACAUUGUGUUUUUUCAAGGGUUGGAAUGUAUCUGAUUGCGAUCAUGGAGAUGCUGGAGUGCUGUGUAGCGGUGAUCAUGGACGUGUACGUUUAGUGAAUGGUAUCACACCAAAUGAAGGCCGUGUUGAGAUUUAUCAUGAUGAAGAAUGGGGAACAAUUUGUGAUGAUAAUUUCGAUGAAGCUGAAGCCCAUGCAGUAUGUGAGGCACUUGGCUACAGGUAUGGCACUCCUUUUGGGAAAGCACACUUCGGUCGUGGAAGGGGGCAUAUAUUCGUGGACGAACUAGAAUGUUCUGCACCAGACAAUGUCACACAUUUAUUACAUCUAGGACAAACAGUGUGCUCCUUCAAAGGUUGGGGUGUAUCCAAUUGCAACCACAGAGAAGAUGCUGGAGUGAAAUGUGAUCAUGCACGUGUGCGUUUAGUGAAUAGCAAUAAACAACAUGAAGGCCGUGUGGAGAUUUAUCAUGAGGGACAAUGGGGAACAAUUUGUGAUGACAAUUUCCGUAAAGAUGAAGCCAGGGCAGUUUGUGACGAACUUGGCUACAGUUAUGGAAUUCCAUUUGGAAAAUCACACUUUGGAAGAGGAACAGGACCUAUUUUCUUGAACGAUCUGAAUUGUUCAGAAUCAGACCCUGCCACACAUUUAUUGCAUUUAGGGCAAACACAGUGCUUUUUCAAUGACUGGAAUGUAUCCAAUUGCACCCACGAGCAAGAUGCUGGGGUAAGAUGUCAGG